GGCAAUGCCAUUUUGAUAUUUUAUAAGUAAUUCCUGUCAAAAAUAUAAAAUUAAUAGUGUUUCUAAACGGCUGUAUUAGAAUUAUUAGAGUGUAUAAGUGAAUACGUCAAUUAAAAUUUGAGUUAAUUUUUAAGAAGUAUCUCUUAAAAUGGUGUAAACUUCUAUAGUGUACAGUGACUUGUGUUUGAUCAUAUCUUUAACAAAUUAUAAACAAAUCAUUUGUAAAAAUGGUAUUUAUGCUACACAAUCUUUGAUAGUGGUAAUUUGAUUCCAAAAUAAUGUUAAGAUAUAGCUUAAUUGCAAAAUGAAUCGUGCCGGAGCCCAACAAUACGUUUAUGGCGGCUAAUUCAAAAGAGUAUGUAAACAAAACAACAUAGAAGAACUAGAUAAAAGUAGAAAAAUAUGGUACUUAUGUAGAUAUUUAAAUCUCCUAACUCGUAAUGGACCCAGUACUACAAAGAUUUGGAGAUGUCACGAUACAAAGACUUGAAAAACCAAAAGAGCCCAAAGUGGGACUACAAAAUGACAGUGGUUCUUUGGAGAAAUCCAAAGAGAGUAAAGAUGAAAACUCCAGUGACUUGGAGGAUGAUAGUGGUGACGAAUUUCCCAUUCCUGGACUGAAAAGAUCUGUGUCUAAAAUGGAAGGUCCAGUGAAAAAAUUUAAAUUCAGCUCGGGUGAUAUAACUUUAGAGAAAAAAUGUGAUGACUUAAAUAUAAAUAAUUUUAGUGAAACAGAAAUAUCCGAUUAUGAUACUGAGUCUGAAAUGGAAGAGUCGGAUAGUGAAUUAAAUGAAUUGAAUACCAACGAAGUAUUGAACCUUAAACCUAUACAAAACAAAGAUAAUUCAGAAGAUGAAGCAAGUAGCAGCACUUCAUUUUUUGAGAAAUUAGUUGAACAGGUUGAGGCGCCAACGCCAAGUGUUCCACAUAAACCUCCUGUUACAGCAGCUGAUGAAGACUAUGAUAUUGAUAUUAAAGAAAAACUGAAAGAGAUGGGGGAAAUUAGUUUUGAAACUGUUAAAAAGGGUGAGAAACCGAAGAAGGCUGAAAUUUCCACUGAGAAUGAAGUUGUUGUUACACCUGCCAGAAAACUUGGAAUCGAUGGUGAUGAAAUAACGGGUCUUCCAAAAGGGCUGGCGAUGAGGCGAAAUAUUAGAGAGGUUAUGGAUGAAACCAAGUUAGAUGAGUCUACCCUGGCUGCCCAGAGACAAGAAGCUGAGAGGUUAAGAAGAGUUCAGGAACAGCAAAGGCUUCUUAGAGAGUUACAGCGGCAGGCGGCACAAGAAAGAAUGCAACAUAAGGUCAUAUCGUUGCUGCAAGGAAAUCAGUUUUCUAAACCAGGCACAUCAAAUCAAACAAGAAUAGGUAACACUGUGCUAGUGAAGCUGCCAAACGGUCAGACAAAGCCCAUGACAAGAUUGCCGAAAAGAUCAUUUGAAUUGAUGAGGGUACCAAAAAAUACUACUCCUCCACCAAUGGGGGUUCCUAAACCUAAUCGCAGUGUUCUUGCUGGGAAGAAGGGUGGAGCUGAUCUGACACCUUCAGUUAGCAUAGCUCCUGUCUCUAAAAAACUUAUGCCUCCCAUUCCACAACGACAAAGUGAUAGUGACAGUGAAAGUGAAGAUCGUAAACCCUUAUUAUCCCCACCAUGUCAAACACCUAAGUCAAAACCACCUGUACCUACCAUAGACAUAUCAUCAGACGACGACUGCAUAGUUGUAUCUGAACCUGAAGGGGAGGAUGAGGAACCAGAUCAUGACGACCCUGGAAAUUCCGGCAUGCACACCAAUGAUGAGUUUAACCAGCCUGACGAACAAGGCCGUGUAUUAGUAAACGUUGGCCAUCCCGAUGAUGAACCAGACAUAUUUGUCGCACCGCAAAUAUCCAGAAUAAUAAAACCGCAUCAAAUUGGCGGAGUGAGGUUCCUAUACGAUAACGUGGUGGAAAGCACAAACCGUUUUGAGAGUUCGUCGGGUUUCGGGUGUAUCCUUGCACAUUCUAUGGGGCUCGGUAAGACGCUGCAAAUCGUGACAUUCUCGGAUAUUUUCCUACGGCACACCCCGGCUAAGACUAUAUUAUGCAUUAUGCCAAUCAACACACUCCAGAAUUGGAUGGCCGAGUAUAAUAUGUGGCUUCCUACAGGGGAAAGUAUCAACAAUAGCCCAUUAAACGCACACGGGGUCAUAAGACCAAGAAAUUUUAAUCUUCACGUUUUGAACGACAGUCAUAAAACUCUUAUAGCGAGGGCUAAGGUUAUACACGAGUGGAGGAGCAAAGGAGGGGUGCUUUUGAUUGGGUAUGAACAGUUUCGGUUGUUGAGUUUGAGAAAGUUCCCCAAGUCGAGAAAGAAACCAAAUCCUGUAGAUCCACUUCCUGAUGAUGAUAAGAAUAAAAUGCUUUUCGAUGAGGUACACGCUGCUCUGGUAAAGCCGGGUCCUGAUUUGGUAAUAUGCGAUGAAGGCCAUCGAAUCAAAAACUCUCAUGCUUCUAUAUCUCAAGCCUUAAAACAGAUGGAAACCAAAAGACGUGUCGUUUUAACCGGCUAUCCUUUACAAAACAAUUUAAUGGAAUAUUGGUGUAUGGUAGAUUUCGUACGGCCAAACUAUCUAGGAUCCAAAACCGAGUUUUGUAACAUGUUUGAACGGCCGAUUAUGAAUGGGCAGUGCAUAGAUUCGACAGAAGCUGAUAUUAAACUGAUGCGUUAUAGAGCUCACGUUUUACACUCUCUCUUAUUAGGUUUCGUACAAAGACGUUCGCACAUUGUUUUACAAACAGCUUUACCUCAAAAGGAAGAAUAUGUUCUGUUAGUUAGAAUGAAACCAUUCCAAAGAACUUUGUAUGAAACAUUUAUGAAUGAAGUAGUUAGGAUACAAGCUGUGCCUAACCCACUUAAAGCAUUUGCGGUGUGUUGUAAAAUUUGGAAUCAUCCCGAUGUGCUCUACAAUUUCCUUAAAAAACGUGCUGGUGGUGACGCUGUUGACAUUGACCUUGAAGAAGUAGGUGGAGCAGUGUCUAAAACUCCAAAUGAAAAGCCUAAAAAGGCGUCGUCUCGCCCAAGGAAAACACCUGCUAAGGGAAAAAAUGGAAAACCUGCCGCCUCUGUCACGCCCUACAAUACAUUGACAGAUCCACAACAAAUGCAGCCUCCAUUAUCUGAAAAUACCCCUGCAAGUAGUACAUCAGUUGCUAUCAAUCAUUCGUCACCAGUAACUUCAUUUAGCAAUACAAUUUCAUCCCAAGGUCCAAGAAAUAACAUUCAAAGCAAUUUCAACCAAAGCUCUAAUGAUUUCCAAGGAAUCUCUCAAAGUUUUCCUGAAACGAUCCCACAGCCAUAUUACGACCAGGAAUUUGAUCAAAAUGCUCAAUUCCCAUCUCAUUUCCCAAACACUAACAGCGACUAUCCUCAGUCGUAUCCAAACACACCUAAUUCAAGUACAAAUUACAAUAAUGCACCCCUUAAUGAAAAUAAUUUUAAUUUAGGAGAACAGAAUAAAUCUCAGACUCCGAGCCAAAACAAUUUUAUAAAUCUAGAUUCUCAAACAACUUUGACGCCACUAAAUAAUUCGACCCAGAAUUCAAAUACUUUCGCAAACCUUUCAUCUGAAAUAUCACUAACUCCUUUAAAUUAUAAGCCUCGGGACAGUCAGUUGACCUCUUUAAACACUGCGAGCACUUCCUUGACACCUCUAAAUAAUAGUACAUCUUUGACUCCUCUAAAUUCUACAAGCAGCAAUGCUCUGACAUCUCUUCAAAAUAUGCAACCAAACUCUGGAAAUUAUAUGGAAAUCGGCACAUCUCAACCCAAUCCAAACACUGGAAACAAUUACAACCAAAGUAAUCAAUAUGGCACCGCUCAAAACCAAGAGAAUAACUAUCCCACGCCUCCUCAAAGUAUUGGUAGUCAAAAUCAAAAUUAUCAGAAUAACUAUCAGGACUACCAACAGCAGAAUUAUUGGGGCCAACAGCAGACUCCAGAGAACAGCAAUUUCAAUCAGCAACAGAAUAAUUAUUUCGGUCCUCCACAUCACCCCUUUAACCCUUCUACCAUAAACAAUAGUAAUACCAAUAAUUCAUGGAUAAAAAAAGAAGAUUCCAAAAUUCACCUACCGAAUCUCCUAAUCAGUCCAAAAAGUGAAAGUAGCAAUGAAUCUAAACCUAAGAUAAAAAUUUUAAGUGAUAUCAAGUUACCCUCGGUGUUCAAUGGUCCCUCAGAGAAAAAAAUUAAAAUUAUCAGUGAUAUAAAAAUAGAACCCAAGAUAGAAGAGAUUGAUGAAGCGUUUGAUAUGAAACCUGACGGAACAAUGAAGUUUGAUAUUAAAUCUGAAAUAAAACUUGAGGAUGAUAUAAAACCUUUGCAAGAACCUCCUCUCUCCAAGUUGAUGCCCCUCAAGGAUUCAAAAGAAGAUAGCGGGAUUCCUUAUGACUGGGCCAUUGAGUUAUUGAAAGAUUACAAACCUGGUUGCAUCGAGAACUCAGCAAAAAUGGAGAUACUAUUCUGUAUAAUACGAGAAAGUAUAGCAUUAGGAGAUAGACUGUUAGUUUUCAGCCAGUCCUUGAUUACUUUAGACUUAAUUGAGCAGUUCCUUCAGAUGAAUCAAGUCCCUGGAGACACAGUGAAUUGGGCCAAGAAUGUUAGCUAUUAUCGUUUGGAUGGCUCGACAAGUGCUCUGGAGAGAGAGAAACUCAUCAACGAGUUCAACUCCAAUCCUAAAAUUCACUUAUUUCUGGUUUCAACGAGAGCUGGUUCGCUCGGCAUCAAUUUAAUAGGUGCAAAUCGUGUGGUUGUCUUGGAUGCAUCAUGGAAUCCUUGCCACGAUACCCAAGCUGUGUGUAGGGUUUACCGUUAUGGCCAGAGGAAACCAUGUUUUGUUUAUAGACUAGUUGUUGACAAUUGCUUGGAAAAGAAGAUAUAUGAUCGUCAAAUAAACAAGCAAGGUAUGUCUGAUAGAGUGGUAGAUGAAUGCAAUCCAGACGCUCACUUAACUCUAAAAGAUGUCAGUACGUUGUGUUGGGACGAUAAAAGGGAUGAGGGGGAAGAAAAAGACUGGUCUCGGUAUAAAGACAAUUAUAUUGAUGUCGUAUUACAAAAAGUUCUGGAGAAGUAUGGUCGUUCACUUAAUAAAGAACCUUUCCAACAUGAAUCUCUUCUUGUGGACCGUAAAGAAAAGCAGUUAUCUCAGCAAGAAAAACGGCUAGCUAAGAAAGGAUAUGAACGUGAAAAGCAGGCGGCUAGACAGCCAGCAUAUAAUUUGUUAGGUUCCUCUAGGGGACAUCGACCAGUAGCCUCAGUCAGGCCCAUGCAGCAAGGAGAAAGGCCGUCGAGAUGGAUUCCUGCAGAACAUUGGCAGAGACAAGGCAUGACUGCUCAAGAGAUGACACUGCCAUUAGAUGUCGUGAUACCCACAAAUCAACCUGAGAAAGGCAACAUUGUCCUAAAAGCUGGGCAAAAGGUGUUGGUGCUUAAAUCUCCAAAAGGUGUCUACAUGCAACUAGAAAGUGGAAAAAUUGUUGCCAUUAAGACUGCCAUUAAAGUUAAGGGCAAAGCUGAGGAUAACCAUGACCCAACCAAAAUGACAAAAACUCCAGUAUUGCCUCCAUCAAUUAAGGCUAAUCCAUCUCUUUCGGUGGUGCCCCAGAAGCGUGCCGUUAAGCCUUUUACUCCGGGUGCCACCAAAUUCGGUGUUCAGAGCGUUAAACAGUCAGUCCCUAAUUUAGUAUCCAGGAUACGCAGUAUUCAGAAGAAGUUAGAGGCAGCUAAAGCGAAACCGUACAACAUUGGCAGUGAGAUUGCUAAGUCUCUUAAUAAAGAAGAUUCCAUGCCGAUGAGUAGUAGUGAUGAUGAUCAGAGUGAGAAGAAACAUGUCGAAACAGCAGAUGAAAUACAGAAGAGGAUAUCCAUGCUGAAGAAAAAUAUUUCAAUACAGCGAGUGACUAGCCAGCCCAAACAGCCACCUCCACAGCCGCCUCCUCCGGUCGAACACAAGGACAGCAGCUCAGAAAGUUCAGCCCUGGAGCAGCUAGAACACACCACUUCGUCGGUUUUAAAUGACAACACACCUUUUCAGGAUACCUUGGACAGAAUUACAAGUGCAUAUCAAGCAGCAAACGAAGAUAACCUAGAAAACUUUGAAGAUGACAUUUCGGAAACGUCGGAUCAAAAACACCAAGAACAAAGUGAAAUCAGUGACCACAGUGAUGAAGUUACUUACGUGUCCGAUCAGUCGCCUAAUAACUCCGGUCAGUACCCAUCUCAAAAUGUCACCCCACAAAAUACCCAAAACAGUGACCAACAACCAAAAUCCGAGAAUCAAGAUUAUGGAAAUUAUAAUAAUUAUUAUAACUAUAAUGUUCCUCCGUAUCAUGCCCCUCCGCCCCCUCAAGGGUACGGAUAUCCUCCACAACACCCCCCACCUUACGAUAUGAUGGGAUACCCUCCCCAACCUCAGCAGCCACAGUAUAACUAUGGUUAUCAAGGUUACCCCCCUCCACAGCCACAUUAUCCCCCUCCACCUCCACAGCCUGGGUAUGAUUACAAUGCUCCGCCUCCCACACAGCCAAUAUACGGGGGAUAUCACAAUCCCUAUCCUCAACAAUACGCCCCUCCCCCACAGGGUAUGUACCCUCCUGCACCGACACCAGCGCCGGCACCUCCCUACACCGACUAUCAGCAGUACCCACCGAUGAACAAUGCUCCGCCCCCUGCGCCAUAUUACCCUAAUUCUUAAGGUGAUGUCUGUUUUUUGUAGUGCAAUCGUAAUAAGUUAUUGAAAAAGAUCUGUAUUAAUUAAGAUUAGGUGUUAUGUGGGUGUUGCAUGUUCUGUUUGUAUAGAUAUAGAGGAUAGGACAUUUCUAUCUAUCAAACUAUGCUUUAGAUUGAAACAAAAAAAAUCCCGGCUUGUAGUAGUAUUGAGUAAUACUUAAGUACAGUAAGAAAUGUAAGAAUCAUGUAUGUAAUUUUUUGUAUCUUGUAACAAGGUAUGUUUUCAAAUCAGAACUGACUUUUUAAUUCAUUUUUAAUAGCUUUAUAUUUUAAAUAUAGUUAUGUUACGUAAAGCAUUUAUUAUAUAAGAUUUAUACAAUUACAAUAUUGCUAAUAUAUUUACUACGGUAGUAAAUAGUGAAUAUGAGACAAAAUUGUAUUAAAUUAUUUAU